AUGUCUGAGGACACUGAAAGCGAGGUCUCUUUCCACACCGUCACAAGUGGGUCCAACACUGGCGAAGCGGUCACCACCAGCAUAAUUAGCAAUGCUAACCCAGAUAUGGCCACUCUGCCCAUCGAUAGCCUAUCCAACCGUAGUUCGGCACUACGAGCUUCUACACCGUCUCGUCCCGACAAUCCCGAUCCAGCACGUCAUAUCAAAGGAAUGUAUAGAGUCUUGGAUCUCAUCGUCGAGCAAGGAUCGGGUGGACUUGUCGACAAGAUCAUCAUUUUUCAGGAGGGUGUCCAAGAGUUUGUCGAGGACAUCUAUCCUGGCGCCUACACUUCUAUGACUCGCAUCGAUUUCAAAGCGCUCGAUAACCUUCUGCUAAAGCCGAUCGGUAUUUACGGUAGCAAGCAUGAGCUUGUGCGAUUCUUAGGCACAUUGGGUUCCAUCGACGAUGAAAUCGCGCGUCGUCUACUUGGCCAAGACAAAAACGACCACGGUGAAGAUGAAAGCCUUCGCUCCGGUCUCUAUAUUGUGCGAUCUCCUCACGAGCAAGGCGGCAUCUUCGUCGUCUAUUGGCCUGAGGCCACUACCUGGGACGAUGGCGCCGCAUCCACCGUGCGCAGGAAUAGGGUCACCUUCAUGCGCUAUCUCACAAAACUAACCGACCAGGUCGUCGCGCUCAUCUCCGAUGCACAUGCAGAGAAAUUGGUGUGGAAGGAAACCACUAGUGCCGAUACAGAGACCAGCUCCGACGAGGAUGAGUCAGACCGACUGUUUACCUUCCAAGUUUCCAAAACGGUAGCCCAAGAGGAGAAUGUCACUGCUCGCCCCGGCUUUCGUAUGACAUUGCCGGCCGGUAUAGAACUUCAUCCCUCACGUUCUACGCUAGAUGGUGCUCUCUACCGGACAAAGCUCGUCCGUGGCGAGACAACCCAGGCCUUGAUGGUGCCGUUACUAAAAGACCAGCGGAUCCGCACCCAGGCUUGGGAUAAGGCGCAAGGUCCCGUUCCUGUCGCGGUUAUACGUGAAUUUCUGGCUAAUGCAGAUCAAAUCGUGCUCUCCGAGUCUCUGGAUCUUCGCGCACUUCGCGCGCUUGCUGAUUGCGGCCUAUCUACGAGGUUUCCCACCUUAUUCUCCAAAUGGCAGCGCUGCCAUGACGACCUCAGUGCGAAGUACACUCUGGAAAAGAAGCAGCUAUUGGGCGAUGCGAAUAGCCGUCUUGCCGCUAACGACGAUCAUUUGCGUGACGUCAUACGAGAGUCUUAUAUCAAGAGUCUGGUGCAUAUUUAUCCCUUUCUCGAUACUAGGGAGCUUGGAGGCGAACGCUACCGUGACCUAAAGGUCGAAGCGGGUGGGCAAGCUCCAGAUAUUGUAGAUGGUUAUGGCGAAGAAGCACGCAAGGUCUGGAGCGAAAACGCCAAAUGGGACAAUCUCGGCCACGAAUUCAACGCGCUCAAGGAGAGAUUUUUAGUGGCAUGGUACAUCAUACACGAGGAGUGUCUGGACCUCCCAAAAUUCACCCGGCGCGCCCUUUGCGAUGCUAUUCUGGUUGACGAACACCGGCCGAUGGAGGCCAUACUUACUGAUGCUCUCGGCCGGUCAGAAAAGGCAAAGAGCUGGGGCGCGACAUUUGCCUCGGUAGUAGUUUCGAGGGCCAAGUCAGCGGCCAAGAACCUGGUCCCCCAAGGCUUGGUUCCUCCAGCCAUGUUUGACAAAGGCCCCGCUGCAGAAGCCAACAAGAUCAUGCUGAGAGCGCGUCAAAAGGAAAUUCUCACUUUGACCCCCAACUUCCUACUUUCGCUUGGAGGUUUCGCCGAAGCCGACUUUGCCAAGGCCAAAACCGCUGUCGAAGAGAAGGCGAGACUCGCCCUAGCUCGCUUGCUUGACGACAGAGCACGCCGGGCUACGCUUGCCAUAGCUGCCAUCCACAGAAAUCGUGCGGAGCAUGAAGUCGAGCAACGGCUGAACUUUGAAUAUGGUCCAAUUUCCCGUGGCUACGACCAGGAUCUCAUACGAGGCCUCGCUCAAGUGACCUCAAUUGUUGAUAGACGUGUCACAAUCAACGUCUUCGAGCCUUUGAAAAGGUCACCCCACUCGCAUCAUACUCGCAGUGCUGAAUACUAUGUGGACGGGCACGCCGAGUGGCAGCAGCGUGCGGAGGUUCAAUAUACGAUCUUGAAGUUCGAGUUAUCGGAAGCCGACAAUCACUCGCUUAGCGAGAGCGUGCUGCACGUUCCUACACCUGCUCUCAACAUCCACCAGCGACAAGACUUCAACCUUCCUCGAGACCAAGAGAUCAUCUUUUCGCAGCUUCUCCCUGGCGAUCGGUUGCUGAUCGUCGUGCGCGACGAGACGAAUGCGCAGUUCAUGUUCUACUUGGAGCGCCUUGGUCACAUGAAUGCAGCUGUUCGGCGGGCCCCCGCUAAAAAGGUGCAUAUGGGGAAGACGGGGCCAGAUAUCUUAAUCGCAUGUGAUGAAACGACCCGCCAACUUUGCCUGGUGUCAUCAGAACGUCUCAAGGUCGUCACGUUUCUUUUCGACGAGCAUUUCGUCACUAUCCAUACUUUUGGAUCAGAGUUGGACUUAUCCGCCUGGUAUCCGCAUGGGACACGGAUCUGUCACGUGGCUUUUGCGAUUGGCAGAGAGGAAAUUCUAUUCAUCGACUCGUCCAGCUUAGCCCGCCUGUUCUCCCUUGUCACGUUGCAGUUCAAACCAGCGACUCUUCAGCUUCCCUCGGUUCCCUCAGACGUUUUCGCAUCUCCUGAUGGAGCCUGCUUGAUCGUCUGCCUGAACUCGCCUACUGGCUCGUCGUUGGUCGCAUAUCACUGGGCAACAUUUGAAGCUUCUGAAAGCAAGACCAUUGACAUGCCAGCAUCUCCCAUCAGGGACUCGAUCAUGACGUCAUUCUCUCGCCGCGCGGCCGUGCACCUGGUCAGCCUUGACCUGGAAACUCGCGCUUGUUCGUCUAUUGCUCUGAGCAUCACGCAGAAGGCCACCGAGUUCACCUUCUCACGGCGCGAUAAGACUCACCAUCCUGCCCAGGCAGGUGUAUUGACUCAUCAUAAUAGUCUAUUUGACUGCCAUGCCGACGUCUGGACGCGCUUCCCGGUCGUAGCAGCAAUCCGACGUCGGACCGUUGACUCAAGCCGGCGCCGUAACAAGGCAUUCCAGUUUGUAUCGGCGCGUGAGCACGACCAUCCGGCCGUCGCCCUGUACUUCAAACAGAUGAUCACGGACUUCGAAAAGCGUACCCGCAAGCCGACUAAUCGUGAACUCGACCUGAUUGAUAUCACGGCAGCCACCUACGAUCACUUCGAAACCAGUCUGACUAGGACGUUAUGGGAAUGCGCUUCAAGUCUUCAUACCGGAGAAUGGCUGGUCGAUCUAUUCUGUCUCAUUCCCAUUCAGCUAGCGGUCUGUCGCGAUAAUCAGUUCUGUCCGAUGAAAGACGGAGUGCUCUCGGCCGACUUCGAGCGCUCACUCUUGGGGGCGGAUGUCACUACCAUUGUCGACUUUCUAUCGUUCGGCUGGUACGAAUCGCUUUUCCAAUCUUACUUGGCGGCGAAGCCUGUGAAAGUCGUUUCAUCUAUGGGCGAGCAGUCGGUCGGGAAGAGCUAUGCGCUCAACCAUCUCGUGGACACGUCCUUCGCCGGGAGUGCCAUGCGUACGACAGAGGGCGUCUGGAUGUCUCUUACGCCGACCGACGAUACACUGAUCGUGGCUCUCGACUUCGAAGGGGUGCAUAGCAUCGAACGUUCAGCACAAGAAGACGCCCUCCUGGUUCUCUUGAAUACAGCACUGUCAAGCCUUGUACUGUUUCGCAAUAACUUCUCCCUUAGUCGCGACAUCGCGGGCCUUUUUCAAUCUUUCCAAUCGAGUUCGUCUAUCCUAGACCCGGCGUCUAAUCCGCAUCUAUUCCAGUCCACGCUGGCCAUCGUGAUCAGAGAUGUUACGGACACCGACAAAGAUGAGAUCUACCGGGAAUUCAGCCUGAAGUUUGAGCGCAUUGUGCACGAGGAGCGGGAUGCCAACUUCAUCACUAAACUCCAUUCUGGAAAGCUGGAUAUCAUACCUUGGCCAGUCAUCGAAUCGAAGCAGUUUUACAAGAUGUUCUCCAUUCUGAAGAAGCGUCUGGACCAGCAGGCCACGGCCCACGCAAGUGCGGGGGGCUUUCUCCUGACUAUGAAGACUCUGAUGGCAAAACUGAAGGCCAAUGAUUGGGGUGCAAUGUCACAAACGCUGGCUUCUCACCGUGCAAAAACUCUUCAUUCCAUGCUUGAUCGUGCCCUUUGUAGUGGUGUAGCAGAACUUGAACCCGAUAUCGAACCCCUGAAGAACCUCGACACCGACGUAGUCAUCGACUGUCGCGACAGUGAUACGCAUUUCUUCCUUUCCUCCGCUGGCAGCGACUCAAGGCAGCGCGAGUUGAUGCUUGGUGACAUGAUGCAUCUCUGGGACGAUUUUGACCGGAGACACACGAUGGCCGACACUGAGUUCUUCUCUGCUCUUACCCGACAUAUCACCGAGCUCGUCGACAUGCGCAUCAAUCAUGUACGACAAUGGGUGGACGAGAAUCUCAUGCGCUUCCAAACUAGUCACGACAGCAUUGACGGACUUCGUCGGACGCUCGAAGCGGCGAUAAUCGACCUGAAAGCUGGAACUCAACUGUGCGGCUCUCAUUGUGCAUCAUGCGGACUGUUGUGCCUCAUGGGCCGUUCGCACGACGAGUCCUUACCUCAUGACUGUCACACAACGCACGAGUGCAUCCAUGAUUGCUCGUAUUGUGCGUCUGCGGAUCUGUCGACGCCGGGGCCGGUGAGGGUCUGCGGGAUGAAAGCCGGACACUCUGGACGCCAUAUCUGCACUGUAAACUCGCAUCUUUGUGGAGAGCCGUGUAAACUUUUAGGCACCAAGGGUUGUCUUUCGGGAUGCAUGAAGAUGCCUGGCCAUGAAGAUGCCGAACAUGCUUGUUCUGCUUCGCUACAUAAAUGCGGCAAGCCGUGCGCGUUGAUAGGUAUCGGACAGCCGAGCGGCAAACCUUACUCGUGCUCGGGCACUUGCGAUAUAGCCUUCGGUGAAGAACACACUGAGCACGCGUGCGAGAUGCGCGAGUGCCCUAUGUCCUGCCAGCUCUGCAAACGUCUGUGCGCGAACUCGCACCUUCAUGGGCUCGAGGCCGACAGUCUCCAUCUCUGCGGCCAAGAGCAUUCAUGCAAUGCGCUAUGCUCUGCCGGUAUCUGCCAGAUCGAAACGAAGCCCCAUGAAGUUCAUGCUACAUUCGCGGGUCGUAAUGAGACGUUCCAGUACACGAAGUACACGCAAGUGACUAAACGCAAUCAGUGUUGCAAGACGAUAGAGCGUGGGAGGCUGGAUCACGAUGGACCGCACUUGCAUGGCGUCGAGAAGGACCUCUUCCACUAUUGCGAUAGACAGUGCAAUGACUGCGGGUACUACUGUACACUUCCUCACGGCCACGCACAAGAUCAACACGAAACCAGCCACGGUUCGAUGUCCCAAACAAGGUGGGCGGUUGACGGGGAAGACGGCACGAGCAUCGAAGUGAACGGCCGUAAAUUCUCGGCCAACGAUGACGGUGCUCCGAUGCUGUGCAGCAUGAUUUGCUCGGAACUUGGUCGCCACAUCCACGUCGACUACUGCCGCUCAACGGAUGGUUCUCCCUGCAAUACUGCAGACGUCGAGCACAUCACGUCCCAGAUGAGUCCGAACCCGCGUCGUCCGAAGGAUGCCGUUACACACGCACUGUACUGGAGGAGAAGUGGCUUCAAAGACCCGUACUCCAAUGAGCUACAGACGACCUUCGCGAAAUGCGAUGCCAUGUGUCCUGACACAGAGCACACAUCCGCAGCGGCCGCUGGCGAUCGGCAGCCCUCGUACUGCACGCUGCCAAUGUUCCACGCGCCUGCUGCGGUCCCUCCUGUAUCGGCCCUCGGCGAGCAAGGGUAUGUGUCUUCGGAUGGGCACGCUUUCACUUGUACCAAUCCAGUUUCGCUUCAUCCCGCGUACCACGUCAUCUUUGCAAUCGACAAGUCAGGCUCUAUGGCGUCUACCGACAGAUCUCCCCUGGCCGGUACCCCGGUCACCAAUGCAAUUGUGCGGGUCUCCAACAACCGUCUCGGUGCGGUGUGCUCUGCACUGCACGCCUUCUGGACGGCUAGGCAGGCAAAUGCCCGGCUUAGCUCAGGAACCGCCCGACGUGACGCGUACAGCGUGCUCAUGUUCGACACGACGGUGGUGCAUGGCGUCGUCAACGAUGUCUCUAGCUCUCCCGAGGAACUUCUUCAACUGAUGUUGCGUCACCGAGCGUCCGGAGGCACCAGCUUCAACAACGCGCUCGACGCGGCCCGCGUAGUGAUGGAACAGAACUGGAGUGCGGAUAGGAAACCUGUGGUCAUCUUUCUCUCCGACGGGCAUGAUCAAGCCGACGAGGGCAUCGUUCGCAAUCUCUGUCAGACUGCCCUUCGGCUAGGUGACCCGCUUUCUCUGCAUACGGUGUCCUUCGGCCCAGCCUCGAGCGAGUCAAGCCUGCGCACCAUCGCCAGAAUCGCCACUCAAGUCCAGGAGCGCGCCAAUCAGGCUCAAGGCGCUGGCCUAAGGAGGAACACUGCGUCGUCUGGGUUCUCGGAAGCGCUUAACUCGGUCACACUCGCGGAGACCUUCCUUGCCAUCGCCGAGUCGCUCAGGAAGCCGCGCGGAUCCUUGCUCCGUUGA